CACCAGCUGCUGCUGCGCCGGGCGCCGCGCUCCGCCGGGCGCUGUUUGCUUGUCCACCCCGUAGCUUGCUGCACCCCGCAGGUCCUCCCCAGGCCUCCUUUUUUUGCAACUUGCCAAGCUUCCUUUUUCUGGAUCGAGUACGAAUCAGCCCGGCAUCGAGCUCCGGGCCCCCUUCCCUGGGCCAGUUGCCCCAAGGCUUGGGGCGCGCAGGGGGCGGGGGCCGCGGCUCGUCCCCGUCCCCCCCCCCCAACUCGGGCCACCGCGGAUGAUCCGCCGUGGAGGAACCCUGGGCGGACGAUGGAACUGCACAUUCUGGAACACCGGCUGCAAGUUGCCAGCGUCGCCAAGGAGAGUAUCCCGCUCUUCACCUACGGCCUCAUCAAACUUGCCUUCCUGUCUUCCAAGACCAGGUGCAAGUUUUUCAGUCUGACAGAGACCCCUGAGGACUACACCAUCAUUGUAGAUGAGGAGGGCUUCCUUGAGCUGCCCUCCUCAGAGCACCUGAGCGUGGCUGAUGCCACCUGGCUGGCCCUGAAUGUGGUGUCCGGUGGCGGCAGCUUCUCCAGCUCCCAGCCCAUCGGUGUGACAAAGAUCGCCAAGUCUGUCAUCGCUCCACUGGCCGACCAGAACAUCUCUGUGUUCAUGCUCUCCACCUACCAGACUGACUUCAUCCUGGUGCGAGAGCGUGACCUGCCCUUCGUCACUCACACCUUGUCCUCGGAGUUCACCAUCCUGCGGGUUGUCAAUGGAGAAACGGUAGCGGCUGAGAAUCUUAGCAUCACCAAUGGCUUUGUGAAGCCCAAAAUGGUCCAGAGACCAGUCAUCCACCCACUCUCCAGCCCAAGCAACAGGUUCUGUGUUACCAGCCUGGACCCUGACACGCUGCCCGCCGUCGCCACCCUCCUCAUGGAUGUGAUGUUCUACUCCAAUGGAGUGAAGGACCCCAUGGCUUCCAGUGACGACUGUGGCCACAUCCGCUUCUUCUCUUUCUCACUCAUUGAGGGCUACAUCUCACUGGUGAUGGAUGUGCAGACCCAGCAGAGGUUCCCGAGUCAUUUGCUAUUCACGAGUGCAUCCGGAGAGCUCUGGAAGAUGGUGCGAAUAGGAGGACAACCCUUGGGAUUCGACGAGUGUGGGAUUGUAGCCCAGAUCUCCGAGCCCUUGGCAGCUGCAGACAUCCCAGCAUAUUACAUCAGUACUUUCAAGUUCGACCAUGCGUUGGUUCCAGAAGAGAAUAUCAGUGGGGUUAUCCAUGCCCUGAAGGUCAGUCAAGCAGGGAAGCAUUAGAAAAGACUCGUCUCUGGGCUCCUCCCUGCCACAGCCCGCCUGGGCCUUUCCCCCCCACGAAGGUUAUUCUUGCAGUAUUUCCCUAUGGACUGAAAGCUCAGCCCCAGGACCUUUAAGGAAGGGGCCUCUGGGACACUCCCCUGAUUCCUGACUCCUCCAGGCCUGGGCCUAAACUAGGGCCACCACCCCCCCAUCUUCCUCCUGCCUUCCAGAGUCCCCGGCCUUUUCAAUAAUGACCCAGUUUCCCAUCAGUGAGGAUAUGCCCAUCUUCCUCCCCCAGGUUCCAUCCCAGAAAGUGGUCUCUGAGGCCCAGGGUACUUGGGAACAGCCCAAGGCCUCACAUUCGGCCGGCAGCAAACACCAAAGGAAGCUGGCACCUCCUGUGAGACAUUGGGAUUGGGGUCCGGAUGCACCUAGGGACAUCUUAGGAAGUUGGUGGAGCAAGGUCAGGGGGGCAGAGCUGGGGAAGCCCCCGUGAGGCCCCCGGGUUUGAUGGUUAUGGUUGCCACUUGGGAGCCGGCUCCCUCAGAAUGGAGGCCAGCAGGCCACCCUCAGGUCAUAAUGGCCGGUGAGUUUCAGACAGAAGCAGUGGGGUCCCUACCCCUAAGCUGGGGAGGAAAACCAAGACCCUAGACCCCUACCUGCUGACCACACAGGGCCUGUGUCGAUUUCCUCUACAACUGCCAAGAGGGGACCUGGGCCUAACUUCCCCCCACCUCCCCAGAGCACUUGUCCCUGGAGGGGAUCCCAGGACACCUCCUCUCCCACCAGCCUAGAGUGCCAGCUUCUAUCUGUCCUUCGUCCGCUCUCCCAAGACCCAACAUGGGCAAGCAAAGACUUGGCUUCUCCCAGCAACGGACAUCCCGACCUGCCCAGGCCUAGGGUGCCCUGGGCCAUGAACCACCUCCCCAGCUGUCACUUAGACCAGCGUAGAGAAUCCCUCUUCAUCCUCUCUACCCACUAUUAGGGGACAAAAAGGCAUCAGCCCCCCCUCCCCCGCAGCUCAUAGGCCUGCCCAAAAUACACACACAGCAGUCUGUGGUCAGGGUGACGCCUGGGAGGCAGCCAUCUUGGAGCGUUUGUAGAGAGAAAUUACACUUGCGGGUUUCUUCUUCGUUGUGUUUGCAUACAGGUGGCUGGGGAAAGAGUGGUUUUGUUUGGAAGAGAUAGGGCCUGUUUGAGUCUCACUAGAGUGCCCAGGGUUGGAGUGGGACUUAGCACCCUGUGUGUCUCCGGGGACAGACACCAGUGCAAAGAUGUAUCUUAAGAAUCGUGGCCAUGUCUUCUGAGGAGGGCUGUUGGGAGCAGAGCUCACCAGGACCCCAUAGCACCCCCUACAGGGCAUCCCAGUGUACUGCCAUCUGCAUGUGGCACUGUGGCUGGGACUGAGGGGUCCACCAGACUUUGCUCUUGGGGUGUUUUCCCAGGCCUGUACUACGCAGUCUCCAACAACAAGGUCAGAGGAGGGAGUGUUUAUUUAGCCCUGCACAGUCUUGUAGGAACUGUUUCUCUCCUCUUCUAGAACCAUGUAGAAGCUCAGAACCCAGCAUGUUAAUCAAAAUUCGCCUCUGGUUGAUUUUGG